AAUUUCACUAUCUAAUCCAUGGGAUUUUUCAAGCUAUUAUUGUGUUUAAAAAAAUAAGAUGACUGCUGCAGCAGUGCCAUUUGUAGAUGGGUGGGAUUUUGUUCAAACACUCGGAGAAGGUGCGUAUGGUGAGGUUAAACUCGCUAUUAACUCAGGAAAUGAUGAAGCAGUUGCUGUCAAGAUAAUUGACCUAAAGAAAGCACAAGAUGCAGCAGCAAUGGAUCUGAUUCGUAAAGAAGUUGGAAUACAUAAAAUGUUGGAUCAUAAACACAUUGUGAAAUGUUACGGUACAAGAAAAGAGACAACACAUCAAUAUAUAUUUUUGGCAUAUGCAAGUGGUGGAGAAUUAUUUGAUAAAAUUGAACCAGAUAUUGGAAUGCCUCCUUCACACGCGCAAUCAUAUUUUAGGCAAUUAAUUUCAGGUGUUGAAUACCUGCAUUCUCUUGGAGUGACACACCGUGAUAUCAAACCAGAAAAUUUACUUCUCGAUGGAAAUAACAUUCUUAAGAUUGUUGAUUUUGGUUUAGCAACAAUAUUCAGACACAAAGGUAGAGAAAGAUUAAUCAAUAGAUGUUGUGGAACACCGCCUUAUGUUGCACCAGAAGUAUUAGUACAAGAACCUUAUCAUGCCGAACCUGCAGAUGUGUGGUCAUGUGCAAUAGUAUUGGUCGCCAUGUUAGCAGGUGAACUGCCAUGGGAUGAACCAAGUGAUGGAUGCCAAGAAUAUUGUGAUUGGUUAGACAGAAAGGUCCAAUUAUCACCUUGGAAUAAAAUCGAUACAAUUCCUCUGGCUCUAUUGAGGAGAGUAUUGGUUGAAUCUCCUGAAAAACGUGCAACUAUUGCCACUGUGAAAAAGGACAGAUGGUUUGUGAAACCUCUACCAUUCAAAAGAAGAUCGUCAUCAUCAUUUGACAAUUCACCACUCGCAAAACGACUGCUGACUGAUUCAGGAUCAAUCAAUAUUGCAGUGCAAGAUAGGGAUGCACUUUCUGUCACACAACCUGAACCUCAACUUAACAGCAGUUGCAAUGAAAUAUCUACAGUAUCAGUGGACAAUUUACUAACUCAUGCUUGCUUGUCACAGCCUGUCGAAAUGGAUAAUAUGCUACUUAGUUCUCAAUGGAUGAAUACACCAGCUACAACACAAAAUAUGUGGCAGAAACUUGUUAAACGUAUGACCAGAUUCUGGAGCAGUAAAACUACAGAAGAAACUAUUAAUGAGAUUACGAAAGUUUGCAAAAAGUUUGGGCAUUCUGUGAAGCAAAUGUCACCUGGUAUUCUGACGGUUUCUACUACGGACCGACGAAAAAACUCACUUGUUUUUAAAGUUUGUAUUAUUGAGAAUAAUUCCAGUGAUAACCAGCGCUGUCUGGUGGAUUUGCGCUUGUCGAAAGGAGAUGGUCUCGAAUUUAAACGACAUUUCAUGAAAUUUAAGAAAUCAUUAAAUGCAAUUGUCACUAAACAACCAUCAAUAUAUGGGACCGAAGUGGCGAAAGAAAAUUGAGAUAUGCAGAGUAAAACUGUCUGAAAAUGGAUGUUAUGCAUAUCUAACAUGCUAAAGACAGGUAUUAAGUGGGUUGAUUGCAAUACUUGACAAAACAUUUUGAUGUACGAAGCCAUUGCAAUACUCAGAGGUGAUUGUUGAAAAUUAAAACUAUGAUCAUGAAAUGUUAGGUUGUGUACUAUGGAGUUUUGAUUGCGUUGGAUUGUUCAAAGAUGUGGAAAUACAAGUCGUUUUGAUUUGCAAAAUUUGUAUUGAAACUAGGAUGCUGAAAUUUUGUCAACAUUCCUCUUGUUAUGCUAUUACAUGAAUCUGGGAAUUUCAGCUCCAUACACUUGUGGCAAUGAAACAUCAACCUAAUGGGUAUGAUUAAUGCUGAUUAUUGAGAGGAAAUAGUGACUUCUGUUUAUGCUCUAUUCAGCAUGAUCGAGUCUGACUGACAACACUGCAUUCUUCAUACAUGCCAAUGUUUUUUGAAUUUCGUAUGAAUUUAUGAUUCAUGAUAUUUUCUUUCCAUGUCUACAAAAUGACAAUAAAACAUUUCGCACAAUAUUGACCAUCAGUUGAUUACUAGUACACAUACAAAGUGUCUUAUUGUCUCUCAGCCUGUUGAAUUUAUAUAUAUAACAAGGCAUUUUUCAA